AUGGCAGGAAGUGGUGAUACCUUUCACGACGGAUCUAAGGGGAAGGAUGUUCGUACGUCCAAUAUUGUGGCUGCCAAGGCAAUUGCCAAUGCUGUCAGAACAUCCCUUGGACCCCGUGGUAUGGACAAACUUUUGCAGCUCGAAAAUGGAGAAAUCCUGAUUAGCAAUGAUGGUGCCACAAUUUUGAAAAAUAUGAAGGUCCUGCAUCCUGCCGCGAAAAUGCUCGUCGAUUUGUCACAGUCACAAGAUAUCGAAGCCGGAGAUGGUACCACAACUGUCGUUGUCUUGGCGGGAGCCUUGUUGAAUUCUUGUUCCGCACUAUUGGCCAAGGGUAUCCACCCCACUGCGAUUGCCAAUUCCUUUAUGAAUGCUGCCGACAAGGCUUGCGAAAUAUUGGAAGGCAUUUCUAAGCCUGUUGACUUGGCGGAUAGAGAGUCACUCUUGUCAUCAGUGGAUACAUGCCUCAGUAGUAAGGUUGUUGGUCAAAACUCGGAGGUUCUUUCGCCAAUUGCAGUCGACUCUGUGUUGGGUGUGUUGGAGGAUAUCGAAAAGUCGCGGUCGGUGGAUCUGAGGGAUAUCCGAUUGGUGCAACAGAUGGGAGGAACAGUCGAUGACACAGAACUAGUUGAAGGUCUUGUUUUAACAAAGGGGUCAUCCAAAACUGGUGGUGGACCAUCGUCCAUGAAUAACGCCAAGGUUGCCUUGAUUCAAUAUUGCUUAUCAGCACCCAAGACCGACAUGGACAACAACGUGGUUGUCAGUGACUACGCAGCAAUGGAUCGCAUUCUGAGAGAAGAGAGAAAAUACAUCUUGCAACAGUGUAAAGCUAUCAAAAAGUCGGGGGCCAAUGUUGUGCUGAUUCAAAAAUCAAUUCUGAGAGACGCAUACAAUGAAUUGUCUCUGCAUUUCUUGGCCAAGAUGGGCAUGUUGGUCGUUACUGAUAUUGAUAGAGCUGAUAUCGAAUUCAUUUGCCGAACCCUUGGAUGCACGCCAGUGGCCCAUCCCGAUCAAAUGACGGCUGAUAAGCUUGGAAGCGCCGAAUUGGUUGCUGACGUUUUCAUGGAAGGUGGUUCCAAUAAGGUGGUCAAGUUCACUGGCGUCAAGAACCUUGGAAACACCAUGACUGUCCUGUUGCGUGGAUCCAAUGAAUUUGUGUUGGGAGAAGCCGAGAGGAGUUUGCACGAUGCUCAAUGCGUGGUUCGAUCGUUGGUGAAGAAGAGAUUUUUGAUUGCUGGUGGUGGUGCUGCCGAAACUGAAGUCUCACUGAAAUUGAUGGAAUACUCAAAUGAAUUGACGGGCAUGGAUGCCUACUGCUUCCAGGCUUUUGCAGAUGCCUUGGAAGUCAUCCCUUACACUUUGGCUGAGAACGCCGGAAUGAAGCCAAUUGAAGUUGUCACAGAGCUUCGCAAACAACACGCGGAAGGCAUUACUGGAGCUGGUAUCAAUGUGAAGAAGGGAAAAGUAACAGACAUGUACGCAAUGAAUGUUGUUCAACCACUAUUGGUGUCGACAUCGGCUAUUCAACUGGCAACAGAAACAGUAUGUAUGCUGAUGAAGGUUGAUGAUCUUGUUAUUGUUGCUAGAGCAUAG